AUGCCGGAGCAAACUUCCGACUAUCGGGUCGCUGUUUUUGGUGCUGGUGGUGUUGGCAAAUCUUCUAUUGUACAUAGAUUUAUUAAGGGUACUUUCACUGAGAAUUAUGUACCGACUAUUGAAGACACUUACCGACAGAUGACUCAAUAG